GAAGAGUUUUAUGGAAAAGAACUGAUUUUGGCUGACCGAGAAGCAGUGGAACAAGAAGCAGAUAGCAUUUUAAAAGAAGCUGAUGUUUGUGAUGUUGCAUUUCUUGUAGUUGGUGAUCCUUUUGGGGCCACAACACACAGUGAUUUAGUACUACGUGCAGUAAAAUUGGGGAUUCCAUACACAGUCAUUCAUAAUGCUUCAAUAAUGAAUGCAGUGGGCUGCUGUGGUUUACAGUUGUACAAUUUUGGAGAAACCAUUUCUAUAGUUUUCUGGACAGAUACAUGGAAGCCAGAGAGCUUUUUUGACAAGAUCAGGAGGAACCAUCAGAAUGGAAUGCACACACUGUGCUUACUUGAUAUUAAAGUGAAGGAGCAGUCUCUGGAGAAUCUAAUGAAAGGAAAAAAGAUAUAUGAGCCACCACGCUACAUGAGCGUGAAUCAAGCUGCAGAACAACUUCUUGCCAUUAUUCAAAACAGGAGGCUCCAAGGAGAAGAAUCAGGAAUUACUGAAAAUACCAUUUGUGUUGGCCUUGCCCGUGUGGGUGCUCCGGAUCAGAAGAUUGCCUCAGGCACACUCUACCAGAUGUCCACAGUGGAAUUAGGUGGUCCCCUACAUUCCUUGAUUGUUACAGGCACUAUGCACCCUCUGGAAUUAGAAAUGCUUAAGCUUUUUUCUGUAGAUAGUUCCAGUUUUGAAAAUAAUGCAUUUCAGAGGACCACUUAAAUAAAAUAAGGCAUUUAAACUUUU